UUUUGACUUCCGGUCACUUUUUUAGAAAAACAAUUUGUUGAUAUUUUUUCUUCAGUUUUAUACCCAAAAAUAUCUAUGCAGUAGUAUUGUAACUGUUGAUUAUGGCUGCCUUGUUUUCAUGCACUAAGUGCCAUACAAGGCAUCCAUUUGAAGACCUCUCCCGAGGAGAGCAGUUGUGUAAAGAAUGUCGCAAUAAAUUUCCUGUUGUAAAAUGUACUUAUUGUAGAGCUGAGUUCCAACAAGACAGCCGUGGAACAAGCAGCAUCUGUAAAAAAUGUGCCGAGAAUGUUCGAAAUUAUGGCAAGCCAACAGCAUGCGAAUAUUGUAGUAUUUUAGCAGCAUUUAUCGGAGGAAGGUGCCAAAGAUGUGCAAACUCAGAGAGAAAAUGGGGAAUGCCCAAAACUUGUGAACAGUGUAAACAGAAAUGUGCAUUCAACCGUGGAGAUCAAAAAAAGGAUGAUGGAAAAAUCCUGUGUUGGCUGUGUACUUUAGCAUACAGACGUGUUGUAGCAAAAACGCGGAAACAAAGAGACGAUACACGCAAAAGUCUAGGAACAACCCGUAAGCAGCCCUCAACCAAAACACCUCCAACUAAAGCAAUCACGGACACAAAAUUAGACAAAAUAUUCGGUCCUAGCAAAACAGAAAAUAUUCAAAAAAGUUCCUCAAGUGUUGACACUUUGUUAAAAUUUAGCGGAGUUGGAAAACCUGCUAAACAAUCAUUACUGGAUAAAAAUAAACAUCUUAGUCCAGGUAGUCCAGCCAGCGGUGGAAGUUUAUCGGAGAAGGCUGCCAGUCUUUUGGAGAAAACAAAAGAAAAGCCUAAUAAGUCUAAAUCUAGAUCUUCAUUAUUAUCAGAAGAUGAAUCAAGUCAGGGAAAGAAACCACGAUUAGAAAAAACAUCAUCAAAUGGAGUCACAACACCAAAAAGUAAUUCAAACAGUAGUUUUACCGAGGCUAGUAAAAUGGACAGUGUUAGCUCGGAUCAUGUUAUAGUUAUAACUCAACUGAAAGAUCAAAUAGAAAGUUUAAAGAAACAAUUACAAGUUAAAGACUCACUUUUAAAGGAAAAAGAUAAAAAGAUUAGUGAAUUGAAAGUGUCUGAGUUUCAGUUAGAGAAAGAGUUGAGAGGAAAGUUACAAUCUUUAAAUUUUGCCACAUCAAAUACAAUAGAUACACUUCAGUCGAAGAAUAAAGAGUUAAUGCGACAAGUUGCCACACUCUCCAAACAAAAAGAUAAAAAAGGAACGAGUUCAGCAGUUCCAUCACCUGCUCCGAAUACACAAGAAUUAUAAUUAUUAUUGUAAUAGUAGUUUGUUUGACAUUUUAGUGUUUUAUGAAUUAAAUCAUCUUAACAUUUUUAUCGUUACAGAACAGUGGUCACAAAUUACUAUUAAUAUUUUUAUUAUUAUCAUAGUUGAUCAUUAUAUAUUUUAUCGAUGUAAUUUUGAAUAGGUUUCGGUAUGUUUUUCUGUCCAGGUUUUUAUGUUAUUGCUAUGCGGUUCUCGCCAUGUGUUAUGUUAUCGCCAUGUGUUUAUUUUUAUGUUAUUGCCAUGUGUUGUUAUGUUAUCGCCAGGUGUUUUUAUGUUAUCGCCAUGUGUUUUAUUUAAUCAUGUUCUUGUAAAUGUUUUCAUUUGGGCGAAGGGGGUGGGUCAAUAUUUAAACAUGUUUUCAUUUAGUUCAGAUAAAAAAUUGACAUUCUGGUCCUCACAAACAUCACAUUCUUGUCCUCACAAACAUCACAUUUCAAAGUUCUACUUCUCACCAUUGGUUUCAGUGAUGUGACGGUCUGAGAGCUAGAAUGUUUUUAUUUAUAUUGCCUUACAUUGAUAUAUUUUUAAAAUCUUGACAUUUAGGUCCAGGGUCGUAAAUUAUCUUAAUGUCUAAAAGCGAUAAUUGCAUUUUUUUUAAAGUCAUAUGUUUAAAAUAUUUGAAAGUAAGGCCUUAAAAUACAUGGCAUCUAUACACACUGUCCUAUAAUUCACUUCUGUCAGUUGAUAAAUUGGCAAAUAUAUUAUUUUCUUUUUAAAUCAAACAUCAUUAUCCUUAUCUGUUUAACAACGGACCUUGACAAUCAAGACAACUCUCUCUUCCAUUGUGUAGACAUAGUUUUCCAGUGAAAAAAAUAAAUGAUACAAUUUCCAAAUACUGUUGGGGAGUAGAAAUUAUUUCAAAGAAAUAUGCAAUUAUUGCUUUAAUAUGUAUCUAGGUUUGAUCCCCAGUGAGAAGUACCUCAGAAGUUUUCAAACGGGUUUUCUCUUGAUCCUUCGGUUUCCUCCCACUGCUAAAGACCUCUACGCUCAAGUGAGUUAUUGAAAAAAAAUUUAACCGUAUGUUAGUCCCAAAGUGACUUAGUUUGUGUCAGUGGAUGUUAAACCUUAUCUCUCUCUCUCUCUCUCUCUCACUCUCUCUCUCUCUCUCUGUCUCUCUGCAUUGCCCCGUGGUGCAGGAUGGAGGGCCCGACAAAAGAAAUCAUCUAGUCAACUGGAUGGGACAAGAAAAAAGAAGUCCCAUAUAUACUAAGAGUAGGCUGUGGCAGAAUUUUGUGCAUAGCACACGCCAUGAUUUGGAUCAAAACUAUGCCAUAGCACACGGCAUGACCUGAAUCAAAAACUAUGCCACUUCACUCAAAUAUUAAGACAAGAGUUUAGUAAUAAAGCAAAACACGAAAAAACUUUGGUCCUGGGCGUUAAUCAUGAAAAAUAUUGGAAUUUAAAUCCCUAGAUUUUACUAUGUGCUUGUACAUUGCUCCAUUAAUCAUUGUUUCUAUGUGAAAUAUUUUUAUCUUUAUUAUAUUCAUUGUUCAUUAAUGUUUUUACUUAUCACAUCUUCAUGUACAGAUUUUAGAAUAGUCAUAGAAACAAGUUUUUAUCUAAAUUAGCCUCCGAAGAGAUUUUUUAGACAUUGGUUUUAAUCUAAAAUAGCCUCUAAAGAGAUUUUUAUUAAACAUAAUAUGUUUUAAUCUAAAAUAGCCUUUAAAGAGAUAUUUAAGCAUAGGUAAAACCUCUAAUCUGAUGAAAACACAGAUCCUAUUUUCUUUCGUUUUUUUUAUAGUUCAAAAUUUUGUUUUACUUAUCUUUACUACAGUAGGAUCUGGAAGAGUUGUUAUAUAACCGGGGUUCUGGAUGAUGUGAGGGAUUAGCCAAUGAAACGGUCUGUUAUGGUGAGUUUUUGGCAUGAGGUGCACGGAACUGUGGGUAACCCACUAGAAACAUAAACGCUGAUUGAUUAAUCAUAUGUCUGAUGUCAUAGGGUCAAAAGCCACUUGUAUUACACCUGACGUGACUUUCUACUACAACUGGUCAGAUCUUUAUGUAGUAGAGGCCAUCGAAAGUAUAAAAAAACGAAACAAAAUAUAGGUCUGUAUUUGAAUCAGUUAGAUAAAACCUCUAGACAGAUUUUGUCCAACACAUCUUCAUUAGCAAGGUUGGAGCAAAAAGUUGAACAUUAAACUCAAUUUCAUUUCAUUUACAGAUUUCAUGAGUAAAAUCCAAUUCACAGUCUUAAUUAUCACCAGGAAAACUUCAUAAAUUUUUAAAAUAAUUCAAGUAAUCAU